AGUUUAUAUUUUCAUUCUCCAUAUCAACACUUACACACCAAUCGAUCUAUAUAUAUUAUACACAUAAUAAUAAUCUACCUUCGAUCACUUUAUUUCUACCUCUAUAUAAAUACAUACAUACACAAUAAAUAAUGGAACUUACUAGUCCAUUUUUAAAUCAAGAAGACUAUUCGUAUUUUUACAGUUUCUUUCAAGAGCUAGACAACGAUAAUUCUUCUGUCAACAAAAGACAAAAGUUGGAUGAUUUCGACCAAGAUAACACCUCUUUGGACGACAUUCUAGAAGGUCUUGACGACGAUCAAGUCAUACCCACUUCGGAUUUCGUAAAUAGGGCUACUGAAAUGGCGGAUUGGGAUGAUCAUGGGAUGAAUUUGAAGAAGAGGAUGAGGAAUUCGUCUCCGGCGGAAGGUGGUGGAGCACAUCAUCACCGGAGGUUGUGGGUGAAAGAGAGGUCGAAAGGGUGGUGGGAGUAUCAUAACAGUGACGAAUGCCCCGAUGAUGAGUUUCGGAAAGCUUUUCGAAUGAGUAAAGCCACGUUUAAUAUGAUUUGUGACGAGUUAGACUCGGCUGUCACUAAAAAAGACACAAUGCUACGAAUGGCUAUCCCUGUUCGUCAUCGGGUCGCCGUCUGUAUUUACCGUCUGGCAACAGGCGACCCGCUGAGAAGCGUCUCAGCCCUAUUUGGCCUGGGGAUAUCCACUUGUCACAAACUAGUCCUUGAAGUUUGUGCCGCUAUCCGGACGGUCCUCAUGCCUAAGUUUCUCCAAUGGCCUGGUCAAGAAAGGCUAAAAGAAAUCAAAAAUGCAUUUAGCUCCAUCUCAGGAAUCCCGGAGGUCAACGGGUCAAUCUACACAACCCAUAUAUCAAUAAUCGCCCCAAAAUCCAACCCGGAAGCUUACUUUAACAAAAAACACACCAAUAGAAACCAAAAGCCCUCGUAUUCCACUACGGUUCAGGGGCUGGUCGACCCGAGAGGGUUGUUCACGGAUAUUUGUAUCGGAUACCCAGGGUCGAUGACAGACGAACAAAUCUUGGAAAAAUCGGCAUUAUCUCAAAGGUCUAACAUGGGGAUGUUGAAAGACUCAUGGGUUGUUGGUAAUUCGGGCUACCCGUUAAAAGAAUGGAUGUUGGUACCAUAUACUCAUCAAAAUCUUUCAUGGAGUCAGCACACAUUUAACCAAAAAAUUGGUGAAGUACAAAAGAUAGCAAAAGAUGCAUUCAUGAGGUUAAAAGGGAGAUGGGGUUGUUUGCAAAAAAGAACAGAAGUGAAGCUGCAAGAGUUGCCAAUGGUGUUAGGGGCAUGUUGUGUGUUGCAUAAUAUAUGUGAGAUGAAUAAUGAGGAAAUGGAUGUGGAUUUGAGGUUUGAUUUGUUUGAUGAUGAGAUGGAUCAGUUAUUAGGGGAUGAUGAUACUACAUCCAUUAAUAAUGUACUUCAAGCUAGAGAUACUAUUGCUCACAAUUUGUUGCAUCAUAGCCAUGGACGCUUAAAUUUGUAAAAACACAAUUUUUAAUGUACGUGUUCAUGUGUAGUGUUUGACAACUUAAAAAUAUUUUCUUCAGUGAAUUUUGUUGUUUAUGGGCCUUUAUGUUCGAAGCUUUGUUAAU